AUGAAGAGAGGAUUAAUAUCGGCGGCUGUCCAACGGCGGCAGAAUGAUGAGUGUGAUUGUGGUGGGAAAGUGAUGGGCUGGCGGUGGCGAGACUGGCGGACGGCAGACGGCAGUCGACAGGCAGCGACGGGAGUGCCGAGGUUGUGUAGACGGGCGGUGGUUGGUGGCGGCGGACGGGGAUCUGCUGCUGGAGGUGGUGGCGGAUCUCCUCAGGAGUCGAACCAGCAGAAAGAGAGUCGGUUCGUCGAGGAUCAAUGUUGGGAGUCAAGUUUCCUGUUCGAGAUUCUCGAAUACCAUGGGGACAUGGAAGUCGCCGAGUUUGUGAACGAGGUAUCAACUGACUACGAAGGACCUCCUAUUUUUUAUGACGAGACUCAUGAGAUGGAUGAAUAUGGUGCUUGGCCUCAUAAACCAGGCUUUGCUACCCUUCCUUUGUUUGAUGUCCAGUCUAUCAUAGUGAAUGAAAAAGGAUAUGAAACAACAUAUUUUAGUGAGAAUAUGCGGUCACAGCUAUUUAACAAAUUCAAGGUUCCGGUCAUCCGUGAUUUGAACUAUUAUGGACGGAGGGUGGCUUGGUCACGCCGGAUUGGAAAGAUGACGAUGGCGAAGCAUGGUUGUGUACGAGAGGCGUGGUCCCGUUGA